AUGGAAGAAGAAGAAGCUCCAAUUCUGCGAUUGGAAAUCCUGCAAGGCCCUCGCCAAGGCGAAACCCUAGAUUUCAAACCAGGAUCCGCUGUUCGAAUCGGACGCGUUGUGAAGGGCAACACCCUCCCCAUCAAGGACCCCGGCAUCUCCUCGAAACACCUCUCCAUUCUCAACGAAUCCGCCAAAUGGAUCCUCCGCGACCUAGACUCUUCAAACGGCACCGCUUUGGACGCCUCCCGGAUUCCCCCGAACACUCCUUUCCCCCUUCACCACGACUCCUCCAUCAAAAUCGGAGAAUUCACCUCCAUCCACGUCAUCUUUCUCCCUCCCCAACAACAGCAACACACUCUCCCACCUCGACGAAACCCCUCGCGCCGCGGUCGAACCGCUCCGGUUCCGGCCUCGGUUCCAGUGGCUCCUUCUGAACCGGCUAGGCCACGCGGCCGCCCUAGAGGUAGAAGAGUGAUGGGUAUGGAUAAGGUUCAGGUUCAGGUUCAGAGUGUUGAUGAAAAGGACGCUAGUGUAGUGAACGUAGAAUAUGAGCGCGUGGAUCCUCCCGCGAGGGUUAAGCGGAAGUCGAACAGAGAACGGAGCGUGGUUAAGGAAUCGAGUGUUGAAAAUUUGAUUCGUGCGGAGGAGAAGGUGGAGGAGCCAAAGAUAACGGGGAAUCCAAAUUUGUUUGAGAUUUCUGAUUCUAAUGAUGAGAAUUUAGAUGCUUCGGUGGUGAAGGAGCCGAAGAACGCGCGCGGGAUACGGCAUAGGAAGAACACGCGUGGGGUAACUGCGAAUAUUGAGAAUGUUGAGAAAAAGACAAAGAGGGGUGUUGCUGGAAAGAGGGAAUUGGAUAAAGAGGGUGAAGAUAGGAAUGGUGUGAAAGAGGCUUGUGAUGGGAAAGAAAAGGGGAAUUUGAAUGAAGAUGAUGGGAAUUGGCUUGAUUUGAAUAAGAUGACGCUUGGUGAGUGGUUUGAUUUUUUGGAAUUUCACUUGCCCAAACAGAUAAUAGAUGAAACUGAAGAGAUGAUUGGUUCAAUGACUCAAAAGGCUGAGAGACUCCGCGAGUACAUCGCAGUGAUGCAACAACAUAAUGUCAAGGGUAAAAUGCCAAUUGAGAAAUAG